UUGCUCUCCACAACUACAUUUACUGGAACCGUGACAUCCAGAAAACCUAUUCAGUAGAUAACGCUUUAUGGACCGGGACGCAAAGUUAGCCCUACUGUUGAGCAUAUUUGACGACCGUUCCGAAAGAAAUCUUCUCGACGCUUUGGACUUUGCUCAAGGACGUGUUGAGCAAGCUGUGGAAAUACUUUUAGGAAAUGCGGAAGGGCAUGUUAGUGGAGGGACAAACAAGAGAAAACAUGGUGCAACGAUAGACGAAUUCUUUGGGGGAAGUGAACGGGGGGGUAAGAAGAUGCAUUUGGACAGACAUGUUGAUGUCAGCGACGACGCAAGUCAACCUGGGACGACGACGACUAGUUCUCCGGGUAGCCGAAAUGCGUUUGAGGUUCUAUGUUCAGGGUCCCUCCAUGCAGAGGAUGCAAAGGGUGUAUCACUACCUCCAAGGACUCUGACGGCCAAGGAGGUUGCAGAGCAUAUACCAUGCCAAUUGGUUCUGGAUGUGCUUCCCGAAGAAUUAGCCGCUUCACUGCUGCAAAAGUUAAUGGUUGAGGCAGAGUCUUGGAAGAUCAAGCGUUUUGUCAUGUUUGACCGUGAGGUCGAAUCACCGCAUACAACGAGCUUUUACACCGACGAGCCAUACACGUCCUCAUCGUCAACACCAGACGUUGAAUACUAUUACGGAGGUAAAAAGACAACAGAUGUGAGGACCAUGUUUCCGGAACUCGCCCAAGCUCGUUCACUCAUUGCCGAACGAGUAAAUCGGGCACUUGACGAACGCGAUCAUGUCCAAGGGGGAAGACAUCCAGCGGAAUUGGUCGGAAUAUGGGAACCAAAUAUUGUUUUGGCGAAUUGUUAUCGUGGUGCGGCCGAGGGAGUUGGGGCACACAAUGACAAGAUGACGUACAUUGGUCCUCGUCCAACUAUAGGAUCAUUGACGUUGGGAGCGACUCGACCAUUCCGUGUACGGAGAAUUAGACGCCCAGGAGGACCUGUACCUCAGACUUUUAAUAUUAUGCUGCCUCACAAUUCUUUGCUUAUCAUGCUUCCUCCCAUGCAGGAGGAAUACAAACAUGAAGUGCCAAAAUGUAACCCGAAACUUUUAAUUCAGCACCCAAUAUCCAAGGACACGCGAAUCAACCUUACAUUCCGAGUUGCAAGGCCAGAGUAUCGGGACAAUAUACCCGUCUGUCGAUGCGGAAAUCCCACCGAGUUGAGGGUUGUCAUCAAAAAGGAGUCCAACCUCGGUCGGUACUUUUACAUGUGUGCAGGUGGGGGUAAUGAAACGUCCGGUAUCGAAUCUGGAUCCAAUUGUGGAUUUUUUGAGUGGUUAGAUCUAAAGGGCAAAUCAUAGAGCUAAAGAUGGUCAAUCACCCUUUGAAGAUUUGCCAGAGUCAUUAAUGAUAUUUGUGAAUUUGGCGCGGAUUAUAGUUUGAAUAACAUCCUAGUCGAUGCCCUAUGACGCCUAGCCAACCUAUGCAACCGCCCGUAGUAUACCCCCGCCCGCCCUAGCCAGAACUUGC